GCGGGGGGACGGGGGGUAGCGGCCAACGGGAGGCAAGGGCUGAGGUCGCCUCCUUGCUCUUGCAAAAUGUAGGGUCACAGACGGCCCCCGAAAGAGCCGAGGGCCACUCCCCGCGCUGUGGCCCGAGUUCAGGUCUUAAGUUGAAGCCUGAGAGGUGGCCAGGCUGGUCUUCACGUUGCCUUCAACAGGAGUCAGAAGUACACAAGACGGUAUGUUGCAGGAAAGCAGCCCGAACUAGCCAGUGCAGGCUGAGUUGCACCAUUAAUGACUGAAUGGGCUCUGCUGGGAAGGAUUGUCCUCACACCAUGACAGCUGAUGAGUCAGAAGCUGGAGAGUUAGCUCUGGAGCCUCUCCUCACGUGCAAGCUAUGUCUCUGUGAAUAUUUCCUGGAUAAGAUGACCACUCUUCAGGAAUGCAGCUGCAUCUUUUGUACAGCGUGUCUAAAACAGUACACAGAGCUGGCAAUUCAGGAAGGUUGUGGUUCCCCUAUCACAUGUCCAGACGUGGUAUGCUUGAACCAUGGGACCAUACAAGAAGCAGAGAUUGCCUGUUUGGUUCCUGAUGACCUGUUUGAGUUAUACAAGAGGUUGAAGUUUGAACGAGAAGUCCACUUGGACCCCCAGAGAACAUGGUGCCCCACAGCCGACUGCCAAACAGUGUGCCACAUCGCACCGAGCGAGUCGGGAGCACCGGUGCCAGUGGAGUGCCCCACCUGCCACCUGACCUUCUGCUCCUCCUGCAAGGAGCCGUGGCAUGGGCAGCACCUGUGCCAGGAAAACCAAACGACUCCAAUGCCGACCGAGCAGGGGUUCCUUAUUGGAGCAGAGACAGAGGCGCCAAUUAAGCAGUGCCCAGUUUGUCGAAUUUAUAUUGAGCGAAACGAGGGCUGUGCUCAGAUGAUGUGCAAGAACUGCAAGCACACGUUUUGCUGGUACUGUCUACAGAACUUGGAUAAUGAUAUUUUCUUACGACAUUACGACAGAGGCCCUUGCAGAAACAAGCUGGGCCACUCACGGGCUUCAGUGAUGUGGAACAGAACACAGGUUGUGGGGAUCCUCGUUGGACUAGGUAUCAUAGCGUUGGUUACCUCCCCCUUGCUGCUUGUGGCAUCUCCAUGCAUCAUCUGUUGCAUUUGCAAAUCUUGCCGGAGCAAAAAGAAAAAACCCAGCCUGCCGACAACCUAAAACUCUGUGUCUUUUUGAGUCUCCAUUUGUACAGCAUAUGUAUGUGAGAAAGCACAAUGGUUGUGUUUUGGUGCCAUACCUACCAAAUAAUGCUCCCUUUUUUUUGCCAGUUCUUGGGAUAAGUGCCUAUUCUUUACAGGCUACUCUAUCACUAACAAGACAGAUUAUUGUGCAGUACAUGCAGUGUAGGUUUUUGCUUCCUGAAGAGGAAAACAGGACACCAUUCAGUACUUCAUACCUUAGUAUGAUCUACUGUUCAAGACUGAUAGAACAUUCCCAUUUUCCAUCAGCUGCACAUGACCUGAUCCUGCCGCACUACUCUGUCUUUGCAGAUUCAGUCAUUACUGUUGUGCUUGCUGUUGGUUUUUGGUGACACAGAUUUCUCAGAAAGUUUUGGGUCUUUUGUGAAAGAGGGAGAGGGAAAAGCCUGAUUAGGUUCUUCUGUCUGCUAGCUUAUGUCCAGUUAAAUGUAACAAACCAUUCAGAAAAUAUGUUUGGUAGUUUCCUGUCAAUUGGCUGCCAUGGCAUUUCUUUUCAGCAUUGAAAUCUGUUUGAUUUUUGCCAUUGAUCUCAACUACAGAAGUAAAAAAAACAACACAACUGUUUCUAAGAUAGGGCUCUCUUUUGAGAGACUGGACUACCUUGAGAAAGCUGCUAUUUUUUUCACAUCAAACAUGACAUAUCUACCAUGGAAUAUUAGAAAUAUGCAUAUUUCCCUAUCAUUGGACACGCCUUUUGUCAGUAUCAUGGGUGUAGCAAACUCACAGUGAAGGUAAUAUUGUAAGACUGUGAUACAGUUCCCAUUUUGUGCAGUGUUGGGAUCUUGGUGGGUGUGUACAGAGUGGUGGCAUGGGCACAGAUAUACCAAGUACGUAUGGGCAGUCAGUGUAUUUUUUUCAACAGUUUACAUGGGGUGGCAGCAAGAACCCUGUUAAAAAGUUAUUGAAACCAGGCUAAGCCAAGCCCUCCUUCAAAAUCUUAUGGACCUGCUGAAGUGAAUACUUGAGAAAUGCUGUGUAAAUGUGACCUCCGUCCAUUGGUGGGUAUUUAUUUCAUCCUGCUCAAGGUUAACAAACUCUAUUAUUAAUAUUUUAGUUACUCUAAAUCUGAAAGGCUGUCAUUUAAUAAGUACUUCAUUUUAAUUUGGUGCCUCACCACCAAACCAAUUCAAACCCUGGUAUCACUUACACCUGUAUAAGUUCACUGAAAGCUCACUGAAGAGCUGGAAUUACUCCAGGAUCAGUCAGGAGUAGCUGAGAUCAGACUCUGCUCCCUGGAGUUUAUUUCCUUAAUGGAUGGUGCUUCUCACAACCGGGGCCGGUGGCGCUUUUGUUCUGGACUCCCAUCUGUGCAUUCUGUAUCUGUGGGAACAGAUGCAAGUUUGUACUGUAUAACUGGUUGUAAUUCCAAACCCCUUUCCUUAAGGGCUGCAGGGUUUGAAGGAGAUGCUUAGUCUGAGUGUGGUGUCGGGCUCGCGCUCUGCCCAGCUGUCCCUCUCCAAACACACAGCGCAGGUCACCUGGAGAGUGAUGCGAGGGUGCUGUGAGUGCUGUCUGUGUGUGGUGUUUGGCCGAGCCUCAGGAACUUUGCCUUCUUGGCAGCUGUAUAUGUGACCUUUUUUCUGUUCAACUUCACUCUCUGGUUACUGUAACAAAAGUGGCAGGUUAUCUUCUUUUGAGAAAGUGUAGUCUGUUGAGCAGAGUAGCAAGGACAGAGGCCUUAAAUGAUACUGUCUCUUUUACUUUUUAAUUGAUUUCUUUUAUAAAUACUGUCUGACUUUGCUACCAGUCGUGGCUGGAGGGCAGGCAGUGCUUGCCAGUGUGAAAGGCUAUAUUUAUUCUUCAUCCUCAGCUUUGAAGGGAAGCAGAAGGGUAGACAGUACAUUCUAAAUACAGAGUGCAAUGCAGGCAACUGCCAUUUAUAAUAAAUAAAGAAUGUUUUCUGUAUCUGUUUUCUUGAAGAGCACUAAUGGUAGUGCAUUGGGGUACUUGUGACAGAUUAAAGUGUCCAGCCCUUGGCUUUGCACUAUUUUUCUACCUAUGUUUUUAUGGCACUACUGUCAUUUCCAUUUUAUUUAUGAACUUGAAGUUGCAAGUCUUACUUUAACAAAGCCUCAAGGACAAAGAUGUAGGAGCCGUACAGUCUCUUUAACCAUAACCAGCAUUGCAGUGUACCAAUAUCCAUUGCAUGUUGAAAUUUGAGGGUUUUUCAUGUUUUGUGAUCUUACCCACGACCAAUGCAUCCUUUGCUAGUCUGGUUUCUUUCCUUGUCCUCUCCCUCUUUCUGUUGGCCUGUUUUUGCUAAAAUGCCUAUUGGAAUGAAGGUGUCAGAUCUUUUUUUCAUGAAUACUGUUGUGUUAAUGAAACUGUCAGGUUUUUCCCUCUGCUAAAGAAAUGCAGCUGAAGGCAGCUCUCUUGCACCAGUUUACGUGCCUGGUGGGCGUACCAAAACUGGUAUAAAUUAAUCAUGCAGCCUGGCAAUCUCAGUGCCAGUCCAGGCAUCUAAGAAAUCUAGAUGUGGAUUGGUAGCCCAGGCUUUUGCUGGAGAUCUUUACACAAAAACUGGAUAAGGAGAGCAUGAGCUACAGGCACCCCUUCCUUUGGCUGUGUAGGUGCAACAAGUGGACCAAGAAAGAAACUCUAGACAUCUUCAGAGCUUAAAAUUAAGGCUUUACAAUGAUUUUCUUUAAAAGGCCAUGUCCAAUGCCCCACGUAUCCUGGCUUUUCACUGCGUGGGAAUACUUGAGCAUGUGCAUUUAAGUAGACCCUGGCCUGGCCGAGUUAAGCAUUACCUGCGCUGAAGUGCUGGGAGCAGGAAAGCCCUGUUGCUUUGUUUUCCAGAAGGCAGCUAUUUUGCACCAACUGGCUAUGCUCACAGAGUUUCCAGAGAAACAUUUUAGUAGGAAUCUUUUUACAGUGUUGGCUUUUGCUUUUGUGUUGCUUUUGUUUGUUUUUUAACUUUGUAAGAAACUUUAAAGUCACUUUAUAAAAGAUAUAUUGAAAGCAUGACAAAUAAUACUAGUAAUAAUUAGGGAGAAUGAAAGACGACAGGACUCUGACUACAUCUGACUCUUCUUAAUCAAGGUAUCUGUAAAUCCACUCUCCUGAGCUCCAUCUGUGCGAUGUAGUUGGUGCACAAUACCAACUACCAGGCUUCACUGCUCUUCCCAUCUCUCUUCUUGCCCCUGUGGCAGGUGGCUGGUGUGGGGGCAGCAGCCAGGGGAGAGCUCAGGGCUGUGGCAGUGCAGGUACCACACAGGAGCACAUUACCCACCCUGGACUCAUCACCAGUUUGUUCUUGGGCCUUUAACCACUGAGAGACAUCCUGGGGGUUUUGGGCCUUUAAUGUUACAUUCACAGACAUCUCUCUUGGAGAACAGAAGUGGAAAGUACUCCAUUCCUUCUGAACCAGGAGCAUUCAGACUUUAUGAAAAUUGGGCUCUAGGUGUUUAAAGGUCAGUUCCUAAACUUAAGAGACCAAUCCUAGAAAUCUGGAUUUGUACUGCAUCUGGCCACUAAUCUCCAUGGACACAUAUCAUGUCAUUUCCCAGCAGUCACUGGAUCUGUGUCAGAUACAGCUGAAGAUGCUACUCAGCAUUCCAUGUCCAUGUGUUAAAAUGAGGAUGAUGAUACCUGCUUUCAAAUCCAUCUCUUAAUAAAAAGAAGAUAUUUGUCAUGCUACAGCAUAAGUGCAUCUCUGCAGUGUUUAUUCCAGAACUAUAGUGGGUGUUCAGUGUUGUCCUUCAGUAAGUGAUGGUUUAUUUUUGGUGCGUGGGGUUACUUACCCCAAAGACGGGCACAAGGGGUAACAAUAAUGAAUGUUUCUCAGUGCUUUAAUGAUGCUAAAUGCUACAUCUUGUUGUCUGUCCAGUAACACAGCAUGAAGUCCAAAGAUAAGUUUAAAAUGUACACAAAGUUUACUUGAAUGAACUAAGAGAAACUGGAUAUUUCCUCCAUAUUUGCAUGAAGAAAUAAAUACAAGUGGACAGAUACAACUGCAUUUCCACAAUGGGACAAUAAAAUCAACUUUUGGUCACUCCAUUUUUUUGGUACCACAAUGGGUGCUUGUACUGUAGUGCCUGCCACUUUAAAAAUUUGAAAUCUGUUUUGCACUGUAAUCUCCUUCUUCCAGUCAUUCUUUCUCAAACUAAUUCCUUUUAUGAUCUUAUUUUUCAUCCUGUAUUCCGGCCAAAGAGUCUUAGAGCAAAGCUAGUAGAUAUUUUCGUAUGAGGAUAAAAAAUCUUCCAGCCAUUUUCUCCCAGGUUUUAAAAAGAAAUUUGAUGCUGAGUUACCUGACCAAAGUUAGAAAUUCCAGACUUAGCUUGUUUAGAAAAACUUACUGAGGCUUAAGAAGUUCUCUUGUAAGACCUAAAUAAGGGCUGCUUUGUUAGAGCUCAUAGAUACGGGAGCCAUACAGCUUUUGAGCUUCACAGAAGAGAUGCUUCUAUUGUUAAGCAGACUCCUUUGGAAAUGUGCUGGGGGGAAAAAAAAACAAAAGAAACCCUACAUCCUGUAUAUAUAUUUUUAUUAUAUAAGUCAAAAAUACUUCUCUUGUAUAGAUUCAUAAUUUAAGGACUCACUCUCUGGAGGCUUUCUAGGGUAUACUUAACCAGGAAGAUAAUCUCAUAAAUAUGCUGAGGCAGUUGAACAGAGUGUACUAGUUAUAAAACAGUUGUCAGACAUCUCUCACACAUGAGUGUGUAGGAUGAGAUCGUAAUUUACAUGGCUCAAAAUAAAGAUGUGAAAAUUUACCUUU